UAAAGAUGCACAAAAACGGAUCACCAUAUGCCAUGAAAAAGAUUUGUGGUAAAAUGCUGAAACAUUGAUCACCUUUGCAAUGUUUGGACCAUGUAGCAAGGUGAGGGAUAACUCUUCGAAAUUAUGUCACAGUUGUUUCCCAAGUAUAUUUGAUCUAAAACGAUGCUUCCUUUGGUUGAGUGAGAGGUAUCUUGAGUCAAAUCUUCAAUUGUAUCAUAUUGUUGUGCGAGAAGGCAUGUGAAACGUCAGAAGCGUGUACCACUCGUGUAGCUCAAAUGACAUUGAGAAUGAGCUAAAAUGGCGACUGAUAAGGGACACUGCAAGGAAGUGCAAAUAAAGGGAGAAAGAACCGUUUUUAUUUGGAGUCCGAAAAAUCGCUCUUUCCUGAUCCUUCAAUUCUUUGUCGUUCUCUUUAUUUUGUGUGCUAUUAUCUUCACGUGGCUCGCUGCUGAAGUUUCAAACAAUUGCGUUGGUGUUAUAAGUUACAACAAGGGGAAAUGUACGCUUGAUUUGACCAAAACUCAUGAUGAUGAGGAACACAUUAUCGCAGAGAUUGGCCACGGGAUUGGCAAUGUAAGGUAUAAACAUUUUUCAAUUGAAAAUGGCCAUAAAUAUGUAUUUUAUAAUGGCCUUAGACUGACUGUACGUGACUUAGAAAACCAUACAAAUUGCACUCAAGUGCACUGGUCUAAAAUGACGAAUGACAUGGCGUACCCAACGGAUUGUUUUCCAUUGGAAGCAUUGGUAUGGAGGAGGAGAGGCGUAUAAACAAGUAUGGCCAUUUGAAAAAACAGUGAUGGAACUGGCAGCAUACUACCCUCAAGAUAUAAUAGCUGCCCAUUAUUAUAAUACACCAUCAUUUGGACCCGUUUUAGGGCGAUAUUGGGUCAAUUCUCAAGGCAUUGCUAUAAUUGUCAAUCAGGCUUCCCCUUUGGUUGUAAGUAUCAACUCCAAAGCCCAACCAGGAAAACUUUGUUUCAGCAUAAAUCCUGCAAUGUAUCCUGAUAGUCAAGAGCCUGUUGAAUUGAAGUAUGCAAUUUGUUCGGCAGACAAUGUCAAGGCUAUUCAACAAGCAAUGGCUCUAAAAUACUUUAGGCCCAUCACCAAAGCUCCUGAUGCAAAAAUGAUGCGGUAUCCAAUAUGGUCAACUUGGGUUAAAUUUGGUAAAGGUGUAAAUCAAGCAGAUGUAGAGGAAUUGCUUCAGAAAAUUGUCUCAAAUAAAUUUCCUUGCAGUCAAAUUGAAAUUGAUGACAAAUAUUCCACCACUUAUGGAGAUUACAACUUUGAUCCUGUCAAGUUCCCUGAUCCUACAUCAAUGAUAGCAAAAAUACACAACACCAGUUGUCGUGUUACAACUUGGGUUCAUCCAUUUGCUGAUAUCGUAUCAGAAGCAUUUAAAGUUGGAAAUGAUUUACAUUAUUUUGUUGUUGGUGGUGAUGGGAAAACUACUGGACUCUUGAAAUGGUGGAAUGGUUGGGCUGCAACAAUAGAUUUCACCAAACCUGAAGCAUAUAAGUGGUUUCAAGAUAGAUUAAAGGCAUUUCAAAAGAAAUAUAGCAUAGACUCGUUUAAAUUUGAUGCAGGAUCCAUGUCUUAUUUGCCCUUCCAAUAUACUUUAAAUGGUAGUAACAUUCCAUCUCAGUACUCUGUAGCUUAUGUUAAAUUGGCAUCUGAAAUCAAUGACAUUGUUGAAGUGCGUGUUGGUGACCAUAGUCAAGAUUUGACAGCUUUUUUGAGGAUUUUAGACCGAACUGCUGAUUGGGACUCACCCAUGGGCAUUCAAUCUGUUAUUCCAACUGUGCUAACAAUUGGAAUCUUGGGCUAUCCAUUCAUACUACCUGAUAUGAUUGGAGGCAAUGGGGCUCCUGAUAAAGAGCUUUUUAUUCGUUGGAUGCAAUUAAACACAUUUCUUCCAGUAAUGCAGUUCUCUCGUGUACCUUGGGAUUUUGACAACCAGACCCUUGAAAUUGCCAAGAAGAUGAUGGACAUUCGCGUAUCAUGCCAGCAUUGCUUGAGGGUGCUAACAAUAGCAUUGGUACUGGUGACCCAAUUAUUCGUCCUUUGUGGUGGGUUGCACCUGAUGAUGAAGUAGCUCUUACCAUUGAUCAACAGUUCAUGGUAUCUGACUUAUACUUGGUGGCACCUGUUGUCAAACAAGGUGCAUUCAAUAUCACUAUCUACCUUCCAAAAGGAGUUUGGAUGGAGCAGUUUGGAAAGAAGAUGCAACAUAUGAUAACUAAAGGCAGAUCUAUCACGUAUAAAGUAACUAUUGAAGAUGUCUUUUAUUUCAAGAACAUUAAAUCAUUACAAACUUAAACUUGUUAUUUUCAUUAAUUAUGCAUUCAACUGAAUAUGAUUUUUCUUAUUAAAUUGAAGAUUGUGUAUUGGAGUAUCAAUUAAACAUUCACAUUUCCUGUAUAAUCUUAGAAAUAAAGCACAUAUGAGAUGAUAAA